GGGCACCACUCUGCCCCUUGCCUCUGCUGCUGUCGCUGUUCUUAGCUGAGCUUGUCCCUACAUAAUGUGGUUGGAGUAGGUAGGAACAGCUUUUCAGUUUCUAUGGUCCCUGGGACAGUGGGAAAAGGUGGGGUUGGAACGGGAGGAGGAGAGGAGUGGAGGUGACCUGCCUCUGAGCACAGAAGAGAAGGAGGGGGAUUCUUACAUGCUUUGAGAACUUUACAUAACACCCUGGGGGCUUUUUUAUUCUGAAAGGGGAGUGCAGUCAUGCUACUGCACACCCUGUGGAUCUGCCCCUGUGUGUAGACAUUCAUGUCUUACAGCCUGACCCAUACACAGGUUUUGUAUCUGUGUGACUCUCCGUUAGACCGGUGAUUUAUUUCUUUAAAUCAAAAUAAUUAUAUAUAUAUACUUCCUACCAGUGCUGCUUGAUUUCCUUCCUUUGUAUUGCUGUAACCUUCAUCCACCUGGGAUGGGAGUUACUGCUCUAAUGAGCCAUUUGUGGGUAGAUAAGCCCUUGGAUAAGGGAACAGUUUUGGUUCAUCAGGAUUUGAAACAAUUUUCUUUUCAGUGCUAAAUGACAUGCAUGUGUUUCCAGACUCAGGGCUACAUAAAAUUGUAGCUCUUUUAAAUUUAAUUGCAUGUGUGUAGCUGCUAACAUUCAGGCAUUAGUUUAUGUGGAUUUAAAAAAUGUAAGGUAUCUGGAAAAGCAAUGAAAUAGGUUUCAAAUUUUGCUCUAAAAGCCUAGUAAAGUAUCUGUAUUACUUGUCAUUACUUCUCUUUAUGUGUGUCUCAGUAUAGUUCAUUAUAAACCCAAGCCCCAUUAAAAUUCAAAUAUGUUUCCUCUGCUACAGACUAAAUUUAAUGUCCAGCAGCAUUUCUGAUUGACAAGCUACUGUUCAGACUCAUUUGGCUCACAAAAACUGUCCUUUAAAGCAUUUACUUAAAAUAUGUUUAGGCAAUUGAUAGGUAGUAAUGUUCUCAUCCUCUAUGCUCCUUGGUUGUGCUGCGAAGCAUUUCAGGUAAUCUUCUGCUUUAGUCAAAACAGAAUUUUAUUUUUGGGUUUUUUAAAUAAUUUUAUGAUGCAGCUUUGCAUGCACUGUAUUGGGCGACUGCAUAAAAGUUCCUGUUUCACUGCUCCAAAAUAAAAGAAUUGUUAGAGUGAGCAGAUUUUAACCCCAUGUGAGGUGUUCCUGUUGAGUUAGUGUUCUUGAUUGGGUGACCAGGGUAAUAUUUCUAAAAACAGAAAAGGAAAAAAAAUGAAAAUUUGUGGAACUGCCACAAACUUAUACAGCUGUUAUGAAGCUCAGUGGGAUGUGGUUACUCAACUAAAUAAUGACAGGGUUUCCAUGGAUGAACUGUUUUUCCUGUCUUUUAGUGCUAUUACUUUUAAAUACAGCUUCCCAUAUCCUUGAUGGAAACUCACUUUAAAGGUUUAAGUUACGUUGCUAAUUAAGCAAGGAAAAUAUCCUUCCUCCAUGCCCUUUUACUUCCACUUUUGACAAGGGGAACAGUUCUCCCUCUAGCUCUGCCAAGCUAUGCCCUACUCUUAACUUAAACCUCCAAAGCAAGGAAAUUGAAAGAGAAUGUUUUCUUAACACUUAGAGGCCUGCUUGUAUACACAGUAAGAUUGUGUAUGAUCAGAGAUCACUAGUGUUGCACACAAUAUACAGAUUUGAAUGGUUUUAGAGUGCUUCCUUGAUUGUUUUCUCCUCCCUCUUCCUGUAUUCCCCUUUACAUACUGUGUGUUUUUAGGAAAUGCAAGUAGCACACAGUUGCACUAUUAUGAAUCAAGAUGUUCAAUUCUGUAUGAAUGGAAAUCCAUGUGAAAGAUGCAUAGUAUUAUGUGGCUUCUUCACAGCCAGGCUUAAGAAGACAAUUACUUGUUUUGUGUUUCCUUUUAACAACAACACGAUUAAAAUUUAGACUGAGAAAACGAGACCAAAAGCAUCAUGCAGCAAAGACUAAUCUUAAUGGAAAAAUGUUACAGAUUCCUCUUCUGAGAUCAGUGAAUGAAUUUUAGUGACUGAAAUUUCUAAGAGGUACUUGAUGAUUUCCCAAGAUGUUUGCAAAAGCAACAAAGAAUUUUGUGCGAGAGACUGACUGCGGGGGUGACUUGAUCCCUGUAUCCCGUUUGAAUGAUUCAGACAAAUUGCAGCUUCUGAGCCUAGUAACAAAGAGGAAGAAAUUCUGGUGCUGGCAGAAACCAAACUAUCAUUUCUUGACGGUCACAUUGAGUGAUGUACUUGCAGAAGACAAACCUAUAAAACCAGUAAUUGUGGAGUCUGACUUUGUGAAAUAUGAGGGGAAGUUUGAAGAUUGUGUCAGAGGAAAUCUUGAAGCCUCAUUUGGAAAGAUCAAAUUGGGUGCUGGUGGAAAAGGCUUAGUAGAAAGUCAGUCUUCAUUUGGAAAUCUGAGAAAGCAAGAGGUUGACUUGCAGCAGCUUAUGAACGAUGUCAAGGGAAGAACAAUGAACCUAAACAAUACUUUACUGAAACAAGUGCUGGAAAGAAAACAUGAGGUACUAUGUAUCCUGACAGAGAAGAUAGUAACAACUAAAAAGUGCUUGAUAACUGAACAUAUUCAGACAGAAGAGAAAAUUGGUGGCAUAGCAGGAUUCAGCACAAAAGUUGUGAAGGUUUCAGUGAGCGAAAACGGAAACAUGAUGAAGGAUUCUAAUGUGGUCUUAGAGAUUCCUGCCCCUACCGCUAUUGCAUAUGGUAUCACUGAACUGUACAUAAAGCAUGAUGGCCAGUUUGAAUUCUGCCUGCUAAAUGGACAACAAGGAGGUUUUCAAAGAGAAAACAUAGCAGGCUCUUCUUACCCCCAUUCAGUACUAUUCAGAGACACCUCCUUUUUCUAUCAGCCAGAUGCUGUUGAUAGUGCGAGACAUUCUGGGGAUGAAAAUACUAUUCCAAGUGAUGCUUCCUUAAGUGUACUGAAACAAGGCAUAUCGGUGUUAAAAACCCAAUUCCAGCCUUUUGUGAAGUUAUCAGAUGACAAGCAAGGGGCUUUAUAUAAAACCCUCUAUGAAAUCUUAUAUCAUGAUGAACUGGUGACUGUACUGGAGGAUAUGGUAAAUAAUAUUCGUAUGGGAGACAAACCAAAGUUGAUGGAACUGAAGGAGCUAAAACCUGCACAGCAGCAAGAUGUAGCAGACUUUCUGCAGCUGGUAGGGUACAGUUUACAGAAUGGGCUGUUGUUACAGGAAGAGCAAAGACUCUUCUCAGCUGCUCACCUCUUGAUCAGUGCUGUAGCAGAGCUGCCUGAUGACACCCUUGCCCUCCUGGGUGCUUGCUGUGAUCUGCAGGUGGUCUCUGCCUUGUGUUGUUUGAUGAUGGGAACAGCUAUGGGCACUAAAAUGGCCCCACAGUAUGCCAACCUUUUUAUGAGCCACCUGGAAGAAGACUUCCUCAAGAACUGCACCAUCAAACCCUUGCUAUACUUAAGAUACAUCGAUGACAUCAUCAUUUGGACUGAGAACCUGCAAUCUCUGAUUGAGUUCCAUCAGAAAUUCAACAGUCACCAUCCCUCCAUCCGACUUUCUGUAGAAUACUCCAACACCAACAUCUCCUUUUUAGAUGCAAUGAUCAGUAACCAGAAGGGUAAAAUACAGACCACGGUAUACAAGAAACCCACAGACCAACAUACAUAUCUGCACAGAACCAGCAAUCACCCUAAAAAAAGCUGUGAUAUACAGCCAAGCCCUCAGAUACCACCGCAUUUGUACCGAAGAGAACACCUGGGAUCGCCACCUCGCCAAUCUUAAAAAGGCUUUAACCCAGCAAGGACACUCCUCCAGAGAGGUAGAUCGCACGUUUGAAAGAGCCACCUGGAUACCACGUGAAGAGCUGCUGCAGUACAGAAGAAAAACACCCACAAAUCGCACACCGCUGGUUAUGACGUAUCACCCAUCCCUUGAACCUGUAUGGAAAAUCCUCAAUAAAUUGCAACCCAUACUAGAAAGAGACCCUAUUCUUAAAAAGAUCUUCCCGGAGCCACCCAUCCUAGCCUUCAAACAAGCACCGAACCUCGCCAACCUCAUCACCAGAAGCAAACUUCCUCAGCCCCAGAACACACCAAAAGGAUCCAGACCAUGCCAGGACAAGAAAUGCAAAACCUGCCAACACAUCUCCACCACCCCCACUAUUACUACACCCCACAACAGAGCCAUCAGCAUGCCAGGAUCUUACAGCUGCACCUCCAGGAAUGUAAUAUACCUCAUCCAGUGCACCAAAUGCCCUGAUGGAAAAUAUGUAGGAGAGACCAAACAACAACUGCGCACCAGACUGAACGCACACCAGAAAUCCAUCAAAGACAGAAACACCCAAUUACCGGUGGGGGCACAUUCUCACAGGAGGGCCACUCUCUCUCCAAUCUCUCAGUCCUGAUCCUCAAGGGAAACUUACAGAACACUUCCCAGAGACGAGCCUAUGAGCUCCAUUUCAUCAACCUCCUGGAUACUAGAGAUCAGGGACUAAACAUAGACAUUGGAUUUUUGAUACAUUAUAAUCUGCCUGGCAACUGACUCCCCAGCCCAGCCCAGCCCCUGGCUUCUUUACUUUUCAUUCCAUCCAGGAAGAGCACACACCAACUGCUGAAGCUUCCUUAGCCUGACGAAGGGUUUUUGAACCCGAAAGCUUGCUUAAUAACUAUUCUCCAACCAUUUGGGUUGGUCUAAUAAAAGAUAUCAAAUUCACCCAAGGAAUCUUGUCUGCCUAUUCCUGUAAAACACUUUUGAGCACUGCCCAGCUCAGCCUUGGGGGAACUCAGUAAUGUGUAUGUUUUUAUUUGACCCGUUGUAGCUCAGAUGUAUUUAUGCUCAUACUCCAGAUGUAGCAAAUAUCAUGUCUUUUGUAUAGAAUUUCCUAAAACUAAUAAAAUCUUUGUGAUUA